CCCCAAAAUUGCCAGGUUUCGUGAUUUGGGAGUGUGUGAGACUCUGCACGUAGCUCAGCAGAUAGAUGAGAAAAGCCGUGCAGCCUCCUCAGUCCCAAAUAAAGCCCAGCUGCACACAAGAGGCAUCGUAAACACAAGCGUCUUCAAGACAUUAGCAUCAGGAGAGGAACCUCGGGAUUGACUUGGUGUUUCUGUACGUGGUGACAGUUCGAAAUUACUCAGGAUGGUGCGGUGUUGGUUCCUGUUGAGUUUACUCUUUCACACCCUGUACGCCCAUGUUGACUUUUUCACUUCUAUAGGUCAGAUGACAGAUCUACUAUACACAGAAAAGGACCUGGUGACAUCACUAAAAGAGUACAUUAAGCAAGAGGAGAACAAACUAGAGCAAGUCAAACAGUGGGCAGAAAAGGUGGAUACGCUGUCACACACAGCCACCCAGGACCCCGAGGGAUUCCUGGGACACCCGGUGAACGCCUUCAAGCUCAUGAAACGACUCAACAGUGAGUGGGCAGACCUGGAGAGCUUGGUUCUGCAAGACACCACCAAUGGGUUUAUUUCUAAUCUGACCAAUCAGAGACAGUUUUUCCCAACGGAUGAGGACCAGACAGGAGCAGCCAAGGCUUUGCUUAGAUUGCAGGACACAUACCAGCUGUCCGCCAGCGCCAUUUCGACUGGAGACCUACCUGGUGUGGCCUCAGGUGUGAUUCAUAAGAGCCAGAUGACAGUGGAAGACUGCUUUGAGCUGGGGAAGAUCGCGUACUCUGAUGCGGACUACUAUCACACUGAACUUUGGAUGACACAAGCACUCGCACAGCUGGAUGGGGGCGAGGAAUCCACUAUAGACAAGGUCACAGUAAUGGACUACCUCAGUUACGCCAUUUACCAACAGGGGGAGCUAGAGAAAGCUCUCGAAAUUACCAGAAGGAUGCUGAAGUUGGACCCGAAUCACCAGAGAGCCAAUGGGAACCUAAAAUACUUUGAGUUCCAGUUGGAGAAGCAGAGAAAGGCAGAGGAAGAGAAAAAUGAGGAGGUUAAAAUAAGAGAAAAGAAAGCGGUGGACAAACGUGAAGCUCAGAGAAAACGCUCCAAUGAUCCUCUGCCAGAAAGGAAGAGAUAUGAAAUGCUGUGCAGAGGAGAGGGAUUGAAACUGACACCUCGCAGACAGAGCCGUUUGUUUUGUCGUUACUCUGACAAUGGCCGCAAUCCACGAUUGCUAUUGGCUCCGGUGAAAGUGGAGGAUGAGUGGGACCGCCCGCACAUUGUUCGGUAUCAUGACAUCAUCUCUGACAGUGAAAUCAUGACAGUGAAGCAACUGGCAAAACCCAGACUAAGGAGAGCAACUGUGCACGAUCCCAUUACGGGAAAACUCACCACUGCCCAAUACAGAGUCUCCAAGAGUGCUUGGCUGUCUGGAUAUGAGCAUUCCACAAUUGAAAGGAUUAACCAGCGUAUUGAGGAUGUGACCGGUCUUGAAAUGGACACAGCGGAAGAGUUGCAGGUUGCAAAUUAUGGAGUUGGAGGCCAAUAUGAACCUCACUUUGACUUUGGAAGGAAAGAUGAACCAGAUGCUUUUAAAGAACUGGGCACAGGAAACAGAAUUGCGACCUGGCUCUUUUAUAUGAGUGAUGUAACAGCAGGGGGCGCCACUGUCUUCACUGAUGUAGGAGCAGCAGUAUGGCCCAAAAAGGGUACAGCGGUUUUCUGGUAUAACCUUAUGGCUAGUGGAGAAGGAGACUACAGCACACGACAUGCUGCCUGUCCAGUUUUAGUAGGCAACAAGUGGGUAUCAAAUAAAUGGGUACACGAACGAGGUCAAGAAUUCAGAAGACCAUGUAGUCUAAGUGAAGAGGAAUGAUCACAUUCUCUAUCGUUCCUGUUUAGUAUCAUGGUGUCAGUUUUAUUCAGUAUGGAAUGUGUGUCUGUACAAAGAGUGUAUGACUAUCAUCAAUGUUCAUUUCUUUUCUAUGCCCCUUUUCAAACAGAAACAUGGGUAGGAUAUGAUCCUAAAUGCAUCAUGAAUGUGCAGAGGUCUAAUCAAAGGUUUUAUUCUAGUUAUUUAUUUAGGGUUGCUUUUUAAAUCAUAUUUGGCUUUUGCACUUUCUUUCAUCUUGAACUCCAAUUCUAGUGAAGUUGCUUAAGUCCUGCGUUUAACCACUGAACACUCAAAACCAUAAACUUGAAUCCGCUAACACUUUAGGCUUGAAUAGAAAUGAACGAGGAAACAUGCAGUAGUUUAGGUCAUUUUGAGAUGAUCAAAACAACUUGAUCUAUAUAGUCUGAAGACUAACCUUUUAAGACCAAUAUGUUGCUGUGGACAAAUCCCUACAUAGUACCAAAUAAUAUUUUAACAAGUUCUGUGGCCAAUGCUAGACAUGUUUGUUUUUAAUGGGUUUUUUAUGUACUUUUGUAUUUGUGGAAAAUAAAUUGUGUGUGACUGUUUUCUACAGAAAUAAAUUUUAUGUCAUCA